GCAUAUCUUAGAAAAUGGGUUCUCUAAUGGCAGGUUGGAACUCACAUGUUCGUCAUCUUCAAUUAGAGAGGAAUAGGUCACUAACCAAAGAAGAGAUCGCUCGCUUUUGGAGAUCGAAGAAGAUCAAAGAGGAAGAACUUUUCUUUCUUAAAGCUUCGUAUAGACACUCAAAGGAAGAUAAACAAUGUAUACAGAGAGAUGAAAGUGAGCUUCUUCCUCCAAGUCUCCUUGUAAGGGAAGAAGAAAUUGUGGAACCAACUCUAAAGAAACAUGGCUGGUGGAUUUGUAGCAAGUGUGCUUUUUUGAACGAACCACCAUACAUGUCAUGGGAAACAUCAUACAAUUAUGUUGCACAAUUUCACAUUGCUCGUAAACACAUUGAUGAACAAUAAUUGAUUUCAUUGUUAUAGUAUGAUUUUAUAUGCAUGAUUGCAAGUUGUAACAUUGUUGUAAACGAGCAAUUUGUAUGCGUUUUCCAUUUAAGCCAUCUUUUAUA